AGUGAAAAUAUAAACAAAGAAAUUGAUGAAUAAUAUCUAUUCUGUAAUUUUUAUUUAAUUUGGUUUUUUAUAUCACUAAAAUUUGUUUAUAAUGUCUGACGAAACGGACUCCGAUUUGAGUGAGGAUGUCGAACCAAUAUUUAAAUAUAUACGCAUUGGAAACGAUCUAACAGAUAUUGUAAAUAACGAUAUAGUUACUUGCGUAGCAGUCCACGAAAAAUUUUUGGUUUUUGGGACAUAUUGUGGUCGAAUACAUAUAUUGGACCAUCAGGGGUAUUUAGCCAAACCGCUUGCUGAAAAACUUGUGAAAAUAUCACAUUUUCAUUCUGUUGCAGUUAAUCAAAUAUCUAUCGACAAAAAAGGAGAAUUCUUGGCAUCAUGUUCGGAUGAUGGCAAAAUAUUUUUAACUGGAUUAUUUGGUGAUGAUGGUGAUCAAAAAUUAUUACUUGGUAAAUCAGUCAAAUGUAUCGCUUUAGAUUCAGAAACUAAAUACUCAUCAGUAAAUCGAUUCAUUAUUGGAGAUGAAAAUUUAAUUUUGUACGAAAAAAAUUUUUUGAAUAAUAUGAAACCGGUAGUUUUAUGUAAAGCUGAUGGCUAUGUCUCUGCAGUUUCAUGGAAUACACAAUUUAUUGCAUGGACGAGUAAUACAGAAGUAAGAGUUUAUGACUUAAAUGAAAAAUGUUCUUUAGGAGUAAUGAAAUGGGAAGAGCCGAAGUAUUAUUCCUUAAAAAAUUUUAGAUGUAAUUUACGCUGGACUGAUUCUUGUACGUUAUUAAUUGGAUGGGGAGAUACUGUGAGGAUUUGUAUAAUAAGGAAAAGAAAUUCAAUUGACGCAUCAACUAGAUUAUACCCGGGUCACAUUGUUGAUCCUAUAUCAACUUUCCAAACCCCUUUCUUCAUAUCGGGAUUAGCGUCUUUAGAUAUGGAUCGUUUAGUUCUUUUAGGUUACGAGAAAAAAAGGAAUGAAGAUAACGAUGAGGCAUUAAGACCAAUAUUAUGCGUUGUAACUUAUACCUCAAAUGAUUAUGAAAGAAUUACUACAGAUAGCUUGUCACUACGAGGAUAUCAAAAGUAUAAAGUUAACGAUUAUUUUUUGGAAUAUAUUAAAGAAGAAAAGAGAUACUAUAUCGUGGCUCCGAAAGAUAUUGUUGUUGCAAUUUUGCAUGAUGUUGAUGAUAAAAUACAGUGGCUUAUUGAACACAAAAAAUUUGAUACGGCUUUAGAAUUGGUAUCUACAAAUAAUACUAUAAAAUUUUCUUAUUUAUCAGUAGCCAGGGGGUAUAUAGAUCAUUUAUUGUCAUUAAAGCAGUAUAGCGCAGCUGCAAAGUUAUGUUCUACAGCAUUGGGAGAUAAUAAGUCCUUAUGGGAAGAGGAAGUGUACAAAUUUGUUAAACAUCAAGAACUGCGAUCAAUUAGCCCUUAUUUGCCUUGUUCAGCUACAACAAAAUUAGAUCCUUAUGUUUACGAAAUGGUGCUUUUUGAAUAUUUAAAGCUUGAUGCCAAAGGUUUUUUAAACUUAGUAAAAAAAUGGCCUCCGGAUUUAUAUAAUGCAGCAGCAGUUAUUAAUGCCGUGAAAGAUAAUUUUAGUAAAGAAAAAGGCAAUGAACUUCUUGAAGCCCUAGCAAUUUUAUAUGCUCACGAAGAAAAUUAUAAUUGCGCAUUGAAAUUAUAUUUAACUAUCAAAAAUAAGGAAGUUUUCAACUUAAUAAAAACUUGUGGGUUAUAUUCUUCAAUUUAUCCUAUGAUAAUCCCGCUAAUAGAACUUGAUUCAAAAAUGGCAAUGGAUAUUUUGUUACACAAAGAAGUGUCAUCUGAUAUUGUAGUGGAGCAUUUAGAACAAAGGCAAGAUUUGUUAUUUGAAUAUUUGAAAGGAUACGAUAAAGAAAUUAAAAAUGGGAAAUAUCAUUGGAAACUUGUAAAUUUAUAUGCUAAAUUUGAUAAUAAAUUACUUUUGUCUUUUUUAAAACGCUCAAACAAUUAUCCUAUACAAGAAGCAUUAGAUAUUUGUAAAAGGGAAUCAUUUUAUGAAGAAAUGGUUUAUUUACUUGAGCGAAUGGGGAAUACAUCAGAAGCUUUAAAUAUAAUUGUCCAGAAAUUAAAGGAUAUCGAUAAAGCUAUUGAGUUUUGUAAAAGACUCGGAGACUCUGAUUUAUGGAGCGAUUUAAUAAAAGAAUCACUUAAAAAUAAUGAACUUAUUCCUUUGUUACUCAACAAUAUGGUUGGAUAUAUUGAACCUGAAAUUUUAGUUGAACAAAUAAAGCCAGGAGAAAAUAUUCCAGGACUUAAAAAUUCCUUAAUAAAAAUGUUACAUGAUUAUAGUUUACAAGAAAGUAUUCAAGAGGGAUAUAACGAAGUCGUUGUAACUGAUUAUUUUAAUUUACAUGAAAAACUAGUUAAUAAUCAUCGUCGCGCAAUUUAUGUAGACUACGAUAAGAAGUGUGAGUGUAAUGGAGAAAUAUUACAAAAAGAUAUUAAUAAAACAGAUAUUAUUAUAUUUAAAUGUCGUCACGUUUUUCAUAAAAAUUGUUUUCGAAAUGAAGACUCAUGUACAAUUUGUAAAAAAUAAGUAAUAAGACAAAAUUUAAGAAUAUAUUAAAAACUUAUUUUAUCUUAUGAUUUUCGGCAUUAGCAUAAAGUCAUGCGUAUAUCCAAUAUUACUAACAAUGCAACAUAAAAAAAAAAAGCCGUAGA